AUGUGGUAUCGUCCAAAUUUGAUUUCCAAUCAAGUUUCCUACUCUUUUGGUCUAAAAAUUGAAAUUGUUCAAUUGCCAGAGCAACGAUGUAUUCCGAUAGCCAAAGGAUCAUCGAUUGAAAAGUUUAUUGGGUUUUUCCCCACUUCAGAUACCGACUUUGGUAUCCAGAUUGACAACACCAAUAACGAUAGACGCAUAUCAUUUAAUUUGAAAGGCACCAAGGAUUUUGGAACUUUCGUCGUCAGAGCUGGAAGCAAAGCCCUACUGAAAACUGUCACCGACAAAGGCCGACAUCUUCAUUUUAUCAGUCAAUUAAGCGACAAAGGUAAACAGGUGGUGGCAGCAAAUGCCGCGCGUAGCAACAUAACCUACAAACAGUCUUCCGAAAUUUGCUCAAGACUGGUGUUUGAUGUUGCUAUUGAGGAAAGCAAAUUCGCCGUUUGUGUAAAAACUUUGGCAGAUAAAGAACUAGAAUUUAAGGUAUCGUCCAAUGAUACUGUUGAAACAUUGAGACUCUUGAUUGAAGCCAAAGAAGGAAUCCCGGUCGAUAAACAGAGAUUGGUCUUUGAGGGCAAACAAUGUGAAGACGGUCGCUCAAUGAAAGAUUAUAAUAUACAAGCUGGUAGUACUCUCUAUUUGCUACUUAGAUUAUGUGGUGGUGGUGUAUGCUCCGACACGGUUGAAGGUGCUGAUGACGUCAAGCAAAGGUUCAUGGCUUCUUCUACGUCCAACAAAAAUGGCGACAUUGAACGUGGAGCAAUUUGCUUUGGAAAAAAAACCAAUCAAACUUUUACAAAAUGUCGCGAUUUCAACAGAUCCGACGUUGAUAAUGCGAAAUCAUUCACAUUGGAAUUUUUUUUCAAUCCAAACAUGUAG